CCAUCCACAUCCCACGAUCUGUCCUCCGUGCAGAACGGUACCGACAGAUCUACAGACAGACAGAGCUACAGACAGGCCUACCGACAGACCUACCGACAGACUGCGCAGAAUGCGGCGUCUGUGCUCCGUCCAGCAGAAGAUCCCGUGUGUCUUCAUGACGCAGGUGAAGGAGGGACAGUCCAGGAAACGGGACAGCCAGCAAUUUCAGGUUGUUGCCACAGAAAACGUGAACCCUGUGGCUCUGGAGGCAAACAUUGAUUGUGCACUCGCCACGGAGAAACUAGACGGCACUUGCUGUUAUGUUACGGUUUAUAAAGAUCAACCUCAUCUCUGGGCUCGACUCGACAGGAAACCCAACAAACAAGCAGAGAAGAGGUUCAAAAAGUAUCGGCACUCUAACCAGAGCUGUAAAGGUUUCACGUGGAACGUAGGGGAGGAUUUUAAGACGGUGCCGGAGACGUGGAUCCCGGCUCACAGAGUGAAACAUCACAAUGGACAUCCAGUGCCCGAUGAAAAUGGACACAUUCCAGGCUGGGUUCCAGUGGAGAAGGACAACAAGCAGUACUGCUGGCACGCCUCUGUGGUGGAUUCUGAAGCCCGGGCGGCUCUUGUUCUCAGGCCCUGCGCUGAAGAUGAAGACAUGCUAGAAGUUGCAUCAGUCCAGUUGGCCGACCUCCUGGAACAAACGCUGGAGCUCAUUGGGACCAACGUCAACGGAAACCCUUAUGGUUUGGGGAGUAAGAAGCAGCCCGUCCACUGUCUGGUGUCACAUGGGAGUGUCAGAAUCAAAUCCCCUCCACCAGUAGACUUCCAGCAGCUGUGCUCCUGGUUCCAGGAGAGUCCCGAGGGCCGAGUGGAGGGCAUCGUGUGGCACUGCAACGACGGCACACUCAUUAAGGUUCAUCGUCAUCACCUGGGACUGAGGUGGCCGGACGGGGAAACCUCCCUCGCUGACAGGACGGUGGUCAUUCACGUUGAUGAAUACAAGGACAGCAAAGGCUUGUUCUCAUUCUUCUCCUCGCUAAACGGACACUGUUUCAGUCGACUGCUGGACGUUAAGUUUACUAUGUAAACGCAGUACGAGACUAUGACACUUUGACCUUUUUUCUCCCCUGAAGCUUCUGCUGAGACCGUGUAAGUAUUUGUCUCUUUAACGACAGCCAAAUGUUUUACCGCCAAUAAUUCCAGAUGACAUUUGAUUUGCAGAAAUGUGUACAGCUUUAAUUUAAAAAAGAAAAUAAUAACUGACCAAACGGACAUGUUUAAGCAGCAUGAAUUGUUCAAAAUGUUCCAUCUCUUUCAUUGCCAAGUGAAGCAUAAACGACGAGAAUGUAAACAUUUAUAUUUAUGUGCUUUUUAUUCAACAGUCUGCUUUAUUGACAUCUAUAAAAAAUAAAGA